CUAGUGCUGUACACCAUUGUAAAACCUGACCAGCAAUCAGCAUCAGUCCUCCAUUCACCCGUGAUCCUACACUUGAAGCUCGUCACGUCAAAGAAUACCCUGUGGGCCCGGCCACCAAGAAUGAGGUUACUAGACGUGAAAGCUGUUCUCGACCGGGAAACGCACAUCCAGCAGGCCGACCCCGAAUGUGAAAUCCUGAAGGAGCUUGACGACAAAGGCACUCGCUAUGCCAUACUGUCACAUCGCUGGGGCGACGAGGUCGGUUACGAAGAGAUGACUGGGCUGAUGAAGAUGGAGGAGCGGAAGAGGGACGCAGUCAGGCAACGCAACGGCUACCAAAAGAUCAUCAAGAGCUGCGAGCAGGCCUCGAAGGACGGCUACGAGUUGUUAUGGAUCGAUACCUGUUGCAUCGACAAACGGAGCAGUUCAGAAUUAUCGGAGGCUAUUAAUUCAAUGUAUCGAUGGUACCAAAAUGCACAGGUGUGCUAUGCGUACCUCCACGACGUCGAUGAGUCGGCCUUCCCUACCGAGCGAGACCGCGACAAGUUCAGCGAGUCCGGCGGUUGGCCGGAGUGGUUCAUGCGGGGCUGGACACUGCAAGAACUCAUCGCGCCGAAGCAGGUCGAAUUCUUCAACAAGGACUGGGCGCCCAUUGGCAACAAACGACACCUUGCAUCUACGUUGGAGCGGGUAACGGGCGUUCCUUCGGAAGUUUUGAGGGAUGGUCUGAGUGCGAAGCGACUCAGCGUCGCACAGAUCAUGUCGUGGGCCGCCGGCCGCAAGACGACGCGCGUAGAAGAUCGGGCAUAUUCACUGAUGGGAUUGUUCCGGGUUAACAUGCCCAUGUUGUACGGCGAGGGCAAAAAGGCAUUCCAGAGGCUACAACUGGAAAUCAUCCGCGUAUCCAGCGAUCAUAGCAUAUUCGCAUGGAAUCCAAGUAAACCGCGGACAGGCAGUGUCCUGGCUGAGGAUCCGAGCGACUUUCGGGAUAGUAGAUUCAUCGAAAUAGUGAAACCCGACAAAUUUAUUGACAACCUAAUGACACGCAUUGAACAGAACGCACUCGACGGCCCCUGGCACCUCCAGCAUAAUUCCAGAACCAACCCGAUACAUUGGUGCAGAAUUGCAUGGUUGAGGUGGCGUGCCUGCGCGAUCAGCCACCAACUUCGCACAAUCUCUGUCACCAGUUCAGGUAUCCAAGUGUGUCUGCCCGUCUUCCCCUCUCGCGACUCUCCGUCUCAUCUCAGAGCUAUAUUGCCAUGCGGCUAUUUCCCUUUCACCAUUGAUUUGGUAUCCUCUGGAUCCAAUUUUGAGAGGACUUUUGCAACUCCUCGUCCUUUGGCCCGCCUUACCACAUAUCCAGAAUUCAAGACACUCUAUCUUACUUAUCAUCAAGACGCCAAUGAGACACACCGAGAGUUUGCACUCGACGACGAGUAUGCCUCAUACCACGGAUUCGCUCGCUGCGGUACCUACCCGCGCGAGUUUACAGGCGACACCGUCACACUCUCAUCUCUUACAGAUGAUCUCAUCGUUAUAGUGUAUGCCAAUGACGACGCCAGGUCUCGCUUUGCAGUCGGCCUCGGAUACUACCUCGGCCAAGGAUGGGUGCACGUUGUCUAUGAUGGAUGCUCCCCAACUCAGGACUGGACGCCAUGGUCAAAAUUUGCCUCUGGGGCAUAUCGGCGAAUGUGGGGUGCACGUGCAGAACAUGCUCGGAGCAUGCCCAAACAAGAACACAACGAUGAACGCCGUCGCAAUGACCACUUCAUUAAACAUGUCCACCUUCCCCGAUCAAUCUGGGCUGCCAGGGUAGUCUGGGGUAGGUGGGAGAUGGACAAUUUCAGGAUCAUGGUUGAUGUCGAGCAAUGUCCUGGUUGUUGUGAUGGGCCACAUCGAUGGGCAACGACAUUUAACGAACACUGUGGCCUUGAUACGCCGGGGUUCAUGGAUACCAAUCGCUAUCCAUAUCAGUUGACGCUGAAUGGCUGGCGGGCCCAGUUUGCCAAGUGUUCCGGUCCACGGAUUACGCUGGGUGAUUAUGGUGACAAUUCCGAUAGCAACUUCAAAUGCACUGGCAAUAUAUUUGAGGAUAUGCGGACCCUUGGCAACAUUGAUCCCACAGAAUCCGUUUAUCGUCCCGUGGUCCGACGUGUAUCCGGCUUCGAAUGGCCAAUACGUCGCGCGGAGAAUCGCACUGAGCUUGUCGUGGCGCGCCACACUAGUACUGAGGGCAAACACCUAGCUCUGCGUCAGCCAAAGGGCCUAGGGCUUCCUACGAAUGAACAUUUUGAGCUACUGCUGAAAGACCUGGCCAUCCGUCUUGCAGGAAAGCAUUUAGUGACAUCGGUCAUACAAUGUUCAGGUUUGUACGAAAUUGAUAAUGGCGGGGAGGCAAGGGACUCGGGUGACAACUCGACACUCGACAGUGAUAGCCAUUCCACCGAACCUGGGAUUUUGACUCCACUAUAUAUCGUCGUAAGUCCACAAGUUUGGCAAAGAGAAAUGCCUUGUGUACAGAGAAGGGAACAAUUUAAAAGUAUCCGGUAAACCAAUGGAAUCAGUAUGUGAGGUGGUACUGACGAGGCUUCGUUUCGGGAUGUAGUGAGCACUUUUACGACCUCAUGAAUAUGGUGCCUUCCAUUUUCGCACUUGGUUCGUCUGUACUGAUGUUAUCUGCAGCAUCAACCUGCGGGAAUCGAAGUCCGU